AUGAAUGAAAUUGAAAUAGCUGCUACAUUACAUGUACAAUACCGGGCUCUGCAGUGUUGCAUUCUAUCAUACUAUAUCAAAAUGGCCACAGCGGUACAGAACCCCCUCAAAUCGCAAUCUGGAGGUGCAGUCAUCAAGAACAGUCUUGGUGAGGAGUUCUAUAAGGAGGCCAUUGAACACUGUCGCAGCUACAAUGCCCGUCUGUGUGCUGAGCGCUCCAUGCGUCUCCCUUUCCUGGACUCCCAGACCGGCGUGGCCCAGAGCAACUGUUACAUCUGGAUGGAGAAGAACCACCGUGGACCAGGUCACGCUCCAGGUCAGUUGUACACAUAUCCCGCUCGUUGCUGGCGCAAGAAGAGACGGCUAAACAUCCUGGAGGACCCACGGCUUGUACCGAUUGAGUUCAAGAUUGACUACGAAGCUUCUCUAAAGAAAGAGGGGGGCAUCCCAGACGGUCCUGUGCUGGAGUCACUACUCGCCGGGGAAACCCUGGACAAGAAGGUGGAAACCAAGGAGGAGGAGCCAAUGAGCGAGUGUCAGAAGCUGCUGGUCGGGGAUUUCCCUCAUGAGCUUGAGAUGGAUGAGAUGGAGGAAGACGUCCCGAAGCGCAAGAACCGUACCAAAGCACGGGCCUGUGGGGUUGGAGGCAUGAGGAAGAGACAAGAGCCGCCUACCAUUGAAGACAGAGACAAGCCUUACGUCUGUGACAUCUGUGGAAAGCGCUAUAAGAACCGCCCAGGGCUGAGUUACCAUUACACUCACACACACCUGGCAGAUGAGGAGGGGGAAGAAGAUUCUGAGCGACACACACUACCCUUCCAGCGCAAGAACAACCACAAGCCCAAGAAAGCAGCAGACGGCUCAGUGAUCGCCAACGGCUACUGUGACUUCUGCCUCGGAGGCUCGAAGAAGACCGGCUGUCCUGAAGACCUAAUCUCCUGUGCGGACUGUGGACGCUCAGGCCACCCAUCCUGUCUGCAGUUCACAGUGAACAUGACGGCUGCGGUGAGGACUUAUCGCUGGCAGUGCAUCGAGUGCAAGUCCUGCAGUCUGUGUGGCACCUCUGAGAACGACGACCAGCUGUUGUUCUGUGAUGAUUGUGACAGAGGCUACCACAUGUACUGUCUGAGCCCCCCCAUGUCUGAACCACCAGAGGGGAGCUGGAGCUGUCAUCUGUGUCUGAGACAACUGAAGGAAAAGGCCUCAGCCUACAUCACCCUCACUUAAUCUGCUGGAGCUGCGCCUCAUCCUCUUGGCCCUUCGUCCUCUUCCAAAACUCAUCUUCAUCACCCCUCUCUGUGCCUCUGCUGCUCCCCUUCUCCACCUUCUCUUCCUCUUCCUCUUCCCCCUGCCUCCUCCUCUUCAAUCUGCCCCGGUGACCUUUGACACGACCAAGCACACAGCAUCCAUCUUUGAACGUCCGUCCAGCAGAGAGCCAACCUCUGUCUUUCCGUGUCACUCACACUCCCCGAUGUGCUUGACCUGAACCCCCCUGCUCCCCCCUCUCCUCUUGCUCUGUCUCAACAGAGGAAUUCAUCAGCUGGCAAUAAGUUUGCUAGUGAGACAGUCACUCCAGUCUGCCAAGGGCACUUCAGAGGCAUACUACUCCACAGGAACCCUCUUAAGGGCCCUCAGAAGAGCCCUAAUGAUCUUCAGCUGCAACUCAGUCAAGUAGUGAGUGAGAAUUAAUAGGAUGGAUAGGUGUUAGGCCGAGGACAGGGCAUGGCAGACUCUGGAUAACCAUGGAGCGGUAUGUUUCAGUGUUAGCCAACUGUGAAAUAUACACCUAACCAAAAUUUCAUUUCCUCCCUCCUGUCCUUUACUGCAUCCAGCAGAGACGAGACGCUGAACUCUUAUUUGUCUGCAGGGCUUGCUGCCACUGUACAUUCUGAGAGGGGGAUGAAUUGUACAGAAUUCAGACUGGUUCUCUAUCUACACACCCUUCAAAUUCCUCCGCACUGACAAACAAUGAGCAUCUGGUCAGGAACUCUCACUGACCUCACUGAGUCCUCUCUCCUUGCAUGUGGUCUCCACGAAUAAAUGAUGCAUUUUGGGAUUGACGCUGAAGGAUUUUAGUGUCCGGAUGUGAUCUUCAGAUGAGAGAGAGAUGGAUUUUUCUCUAAUCAGCUAUCUCUGAUCAAACAGUGUAUUUAAAAAUGACGUUUUAGGCUUAGCUCCUCUCAUAAAUCCUUUACCUGACCUUUAUCUGCCCUUUCCAUGAAACAAUGACUGUGAAGCCAAUGCGAGACUGGAACGCUCCCGGUGCUUGGUGUGUACUAUCUGUGUGUUAAGAAUGUAGGACGGAUGUGUGGACAUUGCAGAUCUUUGUCCGGCCCAUGCAGAGGCCCAAAAAAACUUUUUUUAUGAUUCCUUUUUUUAUUUAAUUCACAUUUGCAUGUUGUUAUUUAUUUCAUUUUUACAGACUUUUGAUUGAAAUUGAAAAGAAAGCACACUUAAUUCGCAAUAAUGUGUUUGUGAUAUGAACUAUUUUGGCCAAACUGAGUGUGUUUUAAACUUUUGUGCGUGCCUGUGUGUCUGUUUGUGUGAGUUUAUCCGAGCUCUACAGUAAUUGUAGCCAGCCCUAUGCUGUGUGGGAGAGGUGAUUGAGCAGCAGGUAAUGUGAAUGUAAAGAGGUCAGCUUUAUCCUGUUAAAGGGUUAUAACAGAGGUCACAUGAAGUCUUUAAUUUAGAAGUCUAAAGUCUGUAGUCCAAAGUCAGGGCUGACUAAUAAAAUGAUUUGAGAAUCAAAUUGAAGAUGUGUAGAGUUCAAAUCUGAUAUAAUGUGAGCUUUAGAGGUUCUGGCAGUGGAUGGUUUUUCUUUGACACACUAGCUGUCCACUCUCUCAGUGUUCAUGAUUAGCUAAGCAUCCAACAAAAUAUGAGUGACUCUUAGCUAAACUAACUAUAUGCCAAAAUGUUAUUUUAACAUCAAAUCAAUCAAAAACAUUGGGUUUGUGUCAUUAGAAGUAAUCAUAUCUUCACUUAAUGUACUCCUUUAAAUUCUGCAUAGUAACAUCUGAUUCUAAAGUUUUUUCCAGCCUUCCUUGCAGCAGCCGUGUGUCCAGACUUUCUGACUGGGGUGGCCCAAAUGAGACGCUGUGUUAUGAAGGAUGGCAUGACUUAUGUGUGCAAACACAAAAACUACAUUAAUCCUUUCCAGCUCCACUAAUUAUAUCUACUUUAAACACUAACACUGACAGUUUUUAUUUUUCUGUGAACAAUUUUCUGACCUUUAAAAAUAUCACGACAGAGGGCAACAUAUUCUGUUAAUCUUCUAAGCUUGAUUCGGUGAAGAUGUUGCGUGUGGUAAUAGUGUCAUCUUUGAGAAACUUGGUAGAAAUGGAAUUAUUAUAUUCAUAAGUAUGUUAAAAUGAGUGUUUAAUCACAUUAAUACCAAAAACCUAUUUGUUUCUGUUAACUUAAAAUGAGCCAUUUAUAUCUACGAGGAGAGGGUGUCUUUCCAUGAAGCCGCAAAUACUCCGCCUUAAAGCUGCUGUUGGUAGUCGUGAUAUAAACAUCAGUUCGGAGAGAGAUUUCAAAUGUCAACACUACCCCUCCCCACCAGAUUUCCCCUACUUCUUGUGUGCAUUCUAGGAGGAAGUACUGCCGACUUCCCAGCCAAUCAGGGCGACAUAGUGGGUCCGUCACCUUACCAAUCAGGACAGAGGGUCGGAGAGUAGCUCUGAUUGGUCCGUGAUAACGGGAACGAGGGGAAUAGUAACAAUGCUUGAUACAAAGGCAUUGGAAAACACAGAGAUUUCAUCAUAAUCUCAAAGUACUUAAAUUACUGAUGAGCACCGAUGGGUAUAAUGACUUUUUUUCCAAACCCAGCACAAAAAAAGUAUAGUUUUUUACCCCAUUCCCACCAACUACACCUUUAAUGCUAAUUUGCAUAUUACCACACCCCACUGGAUGCACCCCUGCUGCGUGGUUAAGAAUAGUUCCCUUUUUUACCUCCAUCUUCUACACAACACCCGAAGAAGUACACCCCUUGAAUAACUAUCAGCACAACACAGACUGUGUGGAGGGUCAUUGAUUUUAUUUUUGCAAUGAAGCGAAACUCUUUAUUGCUAGCCCUGAGCGCUAUUUCCAUGAAAAUAUGUCCUUUAAAGAUCAAACACUCUACUUUUUCGCCUUGGGCAGUUGCUCUACUCUAAACCACUCCUGUAGCUUAAUCCACUUCAAAAUUAUGAAAGAAUAACCAACUCAAAGAAAGAACAAUACUUCUGUUCAACAUCUUAAUGAGUGUAGCGCCAAGUUGUUGGUUUUAAAGUCAAAGUCAAGUUCACUCGCUAGCUUGCAAGCUAGUUGUCGUGCCAGGUAAAAUAAGUUGUUUAUCACUUUUAUGUCCUGCAAAACAUGACUCCAGUCAUUUUGAAGUAUCAGUUCAACAGCUACUGUAUGCUCUGAGCGUAAGCAGCUAGAACAAAUCAGCGCUUCAUCCCGUAAAAGUUAAGACUUAGCUCAGUUUGCCAUAAUGAAAUGCCAGCAUGAGUUUUUGGAGCUUGCACUGAGAAAAAAAACGUCUUCAUUCUUUUUUUACCAAAAGGCCCGGUGUGUCAACCAGUGUUACUGGUGUAAAGGGCAUGUUACAAGAAGGUAAAAGUGCAGAUGUGAAUUUAGGAGGAUGUUUUCAACAUUCCGAAUUGUUUGUUAGCAAAGAGAAGACAUCCAUCCACUGAGCUGUGAGCUUUAAGCUUUGAGACAAUAGCUGUAAAUAGAAAACUUGAUUAAGGGCAACAAAUUGCCAUGACACACCAUCUUUCAGAUUCUUCUGUACAUAUCAAAUCAUGAAACAGGUCAAAUUGUCUUAGUUUUUCGUUUGAAUGACCACCUCAUAUAAAUGCUGCAUCGUGUCUCUGUGGAGAGACUCAUGGUAUCAGGUGGCUUAUGAGAAUGUACCUAAACUGUAAUUAUGUUUGCCAUCUGAUGCAGAAAGACAUAAGGUGCAAAUACUGUGCUACCCUUUGAUUCAAUGUUACUCUACUGAUGCAUGAAUGACACCUGAAAUGUUCCUGAUUUCAUAUUUGGAUACCGUUAGCUUUGCUUUUUUUUUUUUAAUUAGGAUGAGGAACGACCUUUAACUUUUUUUCUGUUUGUGUCAUUGUUUUUUUGUUUUUUUUUACCUGUGUCACAUUUUGCACAGUGUGGCUGCAAAGCUCCCUAAGUGUGUAUGCCUCUGUGUGUGUAUGGGUGUGUGCAACCAUUAAAGAUUACAGUAAGGUCAGAGAAAAGCAAACUGAACCAAAACAGUUAAUUGUUAUUACACUGCAUAUUUUUUUUACUGAGUUGAACCUGCAUGGCACAGCACUGCUAAAAGAAGAAAUGUCGAGUCAAGAUUAAAAACUAGAGAGAAUAGUUGAGUCUGCAAAUUUCACAGAAUGCACUGGGAUUGAGGAGGAUGCUGUUUCAUGUCACAGUUAUCUUAUGUGUGUGUUGUAUACCAGCAAAGCCAAUAGUGUCCAAUAAGAGAUAAUUAUAUCCAGAAAACAAUCAGAGCUAACACCUAGAUUAGAUGAGUUUGAGGGGAAAUAGUUUGAUGAAAUGGAUUUUUAAUGAACAUAUCGACAUGUUUGUGUGUUGGGUGGAUGAUGAUGAUGUCUGAAAAGCCUUUAUAUGGGGAGUUCACUGGCACUUAUUAGGAGAAGCAUGGUGGAGUCAAACUAAUUUUGAUUGUACUAUCUGGGGAGGGUGGGAAAGCCAUGUUUGGGGUUUUGGAGGGGUGUCGCUGUGACUACUUAAUGAGACUUGAGCCUUCCCUUUGUACAAAUGGACAAACCAACAUGGUGGUGGUGAUGGGGGUGGGGGUGAGGGUGAGUGGGUCAAACAAAGGAUCCUCUGAGCCUCAGGCUGACGCCAUCACCCCUGUCUCCUCCCCUCUCUUAAAGCCGCUGGGUUGGCUCACUUAAAGGGUUGAGACUUUGGGCCGCUCGAGGCCUCUCUUGUAAAUUGUUGUUCUGUGAUCUUGCUUGCACUUUUCUUUGUUCAUUUCCCAAAAAGAAGAAAGUAAUUGUAAGUGUGUGCGUGUGGGUGUGUGUGUGUGUGUGUGUGUGCGUGAGUUCGGGCGCACUUUUUGUUUAUAAUCUUUGCAUUUUUUCAACGUAAUUGUCUGUUGUAAACAACACUGGAUAAAGAUGAGUUUUUCAUUUGUAUUUUUUACCUUUGGAGGAAGAUGAAAUCUUCUUGGACAUUUUUUACCCCCCUCCCCCCUCUCUCUCUCCUUCUCUCUCUCACUCUCUCUUUUUCUCUUUCUGGUACCUGGGAAUGCUUUGAAAUGUGGACUGACCACAAUGCUGUCAUAACUGCUGUCAGUCAUUCUCUGUGAAUUCAUCCCACUUUCUCAAUUUACCCAGUUUUCUCUCUCUUCCCUCGACUCAUUUUUUUCCAUUAAAAUGAUGAGAUUG